CUGUGUGUAUGACAGUAAAAAGAUACUGUUGUACAAUUUUAAUUUUUAUUAAAAUCUGUGAAAAUGAAAGGCAGUACCAAGAGAGUACUUCCAUGCUAUAUAAAUCCUUUAUCAUUUAAAUAACAGAUUUAAUUUUUUUCACGUUAAGGUAAUGAAAAUAUCAUAAUGACCAUCUUUUUAGUAUUGCAGUAAUGAGAAUUGGGGGGUAAAAUAAUGUAAAAAUGUAAAAAAUCUUAAUGGCCCUAAAAAUAGGCUUAAAAUAGGACCAGAAUAUUUUCUUGAAAGGUUUUUUUUUGAGAAUCUGCUCGUCAAUCAUGGUAUUCUGCAGUCAAAUAUUUUUGUAUGGUUACUGCUAAAAUAGUAUAAUUGUCCAUUGUUACAAACAACUGAUUUCCUAAAUUUUGUGCUAGUUUCUUGAAUGACUCUGCAGUCUCUUUCUUCUUUUAUUUUCUUCAUUAAAUAAUAAUUAAGUAAUAGAAUACAACAGUCUGGUUCUGGAAGUAAAAAUCCCAUUUAUUUUUUCCAUAGAAGAAUUGAAUCUCAAUUAUAACUUAUAAACCUUUAAAGACAGACCUACCGUGAGCUCCGAGGUUAUUAAUCAAUAGUAUAUGAUUUUGUUGAAGCCAACAAUUGUUAUUUCAAGCCAUCGUUAUUUCAACUUUAUUGUUCAAAAAUCGUUUUUAAUAGCGGAAUUCCUGGUGAACGCCUACAUUACCCAUGGUCCAGCAGAGACAGAUCCACCAAUCAGAGAACUGCUGACAACAAAGCCCGCCAACCAGGUCCAGCAGCGACCGCCCACUUCAAUGACGCACUGUGAAUGACACAAUCGAGUCGGUCUCCCUUCACCCUUAAACAUAUUUAUACCACGGGUGUUGCGGAUGGUGUGGGGGGCUGGAGGGACUACGGUGUGGACCCGUCCCAGUUCUCCGCCACUCUGAUGAAGACGUGUGAACGGCUCGUAAAGGAAGGCCGCUUCACACCCAGCAACCCCGUGGGCAUCCUCACCUCCGGCUACUAUGAACUUCAGCAGAACAAAGUGCCACUGCUGGGGAGCAGCACAGCUUGUAUAGUCAUCCUGGACCGUAGGAGUCACAGGAUACACACAUGUAACCUGGGAGACUCUGGUUUCUUGGUGGUUCGGGGCGGAGAGGUGGUCCAUAGGUCAGAUGAGCAGCAACACUACUUCAAUACCCCCUUCCAGCUGUCCAUUGCACCGCCGGGGGCAGAGGGCGUCGUGUUGAGUGACAGUCCUGAGGCGGCGGACAGCUCCUCCUUUGAUGUCCAGUUGGGGGACAUUAUUCUGACUGCAACAGAUGGCCUCUUUGACAACAUGCCUGACUACAUGAUCCUACAAGAGCUCAAGAAACUCAAGAACACCAACUAUGACAGUGUCCAACAGACUGCCCGCAGCAUCGCAGAGCAGGCUCAUGAGUUGGCCUACGACCCCAAUUACAUGUCUCCUUUCGCCCAGUUUGCUUGUGACAAUGGGCUGAAUGUAAGAGGGGGGAAGCCUGAUGACAUCACAGUGCUGCUGUCCAUUGUGGCAGAAUACACAGACUGAGCGUGCUCAGUGGAGUGUACACCUGUGUCUUCCACUUCCACUGAGUAUUGCACUGCUUCCCAUCACCCUUUCCAUUUUUUCAUUUCUUGAGUCUAUCUCCAGUUAACGCAGGGAGGAUUGCAUGAACUCGCUGGUGUAGGUGGUGCUAAGUGGUACAAGAAGUCUACAAUCAGUCCAGAAUUGAUGACCUCACUUGUGGCCAUAAAGAGUGUGGGAAUCAUUCACCCAUCUUCAACCUGUGUUGUAUCUGAGUCAUUUUAGAUGGGCGUUUUAGCAAAAAGUCAUACAUUAUCCAAAUUAAGUUGUUUCUUAUGGAAGGAACUGUUAAAAGGUGUUGAAACUGGCGCAAAUGAAAAGUGAAGUAUGUCUAUUAAUGUUUUGUUGUUAAAUGGUGGGUUGUCUACGUCUUGAGAGCAAAAUGAAAGAGUGUCUCUGAAAGGGUUAGUUCAUCCAAAAAGUUUUUUUUGUCUUGGAAGAACUACCCUUUAAAGUCUGUACAAGCGGGGGUCUUCUAUAUUAAUGUGUAGUAAGUGUCCUGUUUGGUCAUCUGUCGACUUUGGUUAAGCUGUAAUGGAAAGUAGGUUAGAGUUCAGAUAGAGGACUGGCUAGAUUUAAACUUGUUUGGAAAUGCAAGUGCUUCAAGAGAGGCUGGUUAUUUCAGUUUAGCCCACAAACCUGCCGCUAGAGUGAUACGGCCUUCAUCUUCACCGUUACAUGCAGUCAGGUCUUAGUAAAUAGCUUGUAAGUCCAAAGGCAAAAAGGAGACGGGAUGGAAUGUACCGCUUGUGUUUGAUUAUACGAGAUAGAAACUGUACACUGCAUGGACGUCAUACCAGAUAAAGUCACAAUCUGCUGAUGCAAAGAUACACUUGUCAUGGGGACAGUGGAUGUUGACUGAAUGUGUGUUGGAUGUAUAUUUACAUGACUUCACUUUUCGACCCUUGAGUUUCGAAGUCUUCAUGCAUAAAUGGCUAGCAUCUGGAAAUGCUUUUUCAUGAAAUCGAAAGGUCAGGUAUAUAAAUAAAGGUUUUAUUUUUAUAAAUAUUUAGCUUCUAUUGGACAAGCUUCAAAAGACGGCAGAAGUUAGCGAAUGUUGGUCUUUACGGAUAGACUGUAAGGCCUUUCGGUAUUUUCUGUGCUCCCUAGCAAAGCUUGUUUUUUAACUGUUUGAAGGGUAUCUAAAGUACCACCCCCCCAGUGUCACUCUAGAACUUUUUCACAUUCAUUUGCUGCUGUAAUUUUGUAAAUUAUAAAUGUAUGAGUGACUACAUUAUUUAUAUGAAUGUGUAUAUCUGUACAAUAAACAUGGGUGAGCUUAUGACGUCUUUUCUUUCGCAAAAGCAACAAUUGAAGCAGACCGUUGGGUGUGAUUGGCUUGCAGUCUUUUCCGCUAUGACCUUUCGAUAAAAUAGAAGCUGUUGUACGAAAUGCAUAAACAUAAACAUUGUCAUCAUUUUGUCCAAUUUGUUGUAAUUGGGAAAACAUGAAGCAAUACGUUAAUAUAAAAUACGUAUAUUUUCCCUGUCAUUUAAGGCUGAGUUUUUCAUUUUUGUUUAUGAGAUCAUAUCUGUCAAACAUUGUGCAUGCCCAGGAGGCAAACCUCGGUCAAGUCGGUUAUUCAGUUGGUUAAAAAUGAAGUAUAUCCCACAAAUGAAUGGCAUAUGCUUUAAUUUUCAGUAUACUCUAUAACUAAACACUUAUACAGUACCUGUAACUCAACGUUGAGAUGUUUGGAAAGGUUUGCUAUCCUAUUCCCUACAUAGGCAUGGUCCUAGUUCUCCAGUUACAGAUGGAGAAACUAUGACCGAGCCCUCAAAAUUUGUGCCUGCAACAGAAUUAUACCAGAACUGUGGUCUCUUAUCAUGUGCAAUGUCUUGUGGUAAUCUUGUGAUAAAUGUAUUGUGUAAUCAGUAAAUAAAACCAAAGCAGGAAAGCCAUAAGACCAGCAUGACCAAGGUAUUUUCACCCAUCGUCUAUCUCACCCUAUCACUGUCUCCUACAAAGACUACAAUCAAAGCGUUAAAUGUUGAGAUUUUCUAAUGAAACCACCACAGUGUCGUAUGUCUGCUUUUUUUUUUUGAUGUAUGAGUAGUUUUAAAAAGAUUGUUGUGUACUUGACAAAAUUUGUGAUCUAGUUUGAAGAUGUUCUUUAGCUGUCUUUUUGUUAAUGAAAGGUGGCGUAUGUAUUUUCUGCACCUCUAGUGGCACCAAACAGAACUGCAAUCAAUUUGUCAAAAUCGCAGGGGAAACUAUGCAACCUCAUAGUAUUCAUGCACCAUGCAAACACACACACACGACCCAUGUUUAUGGAUGGCAAUGACAGUGAGAAACCUGCGGCGCUCACUUGUCAAAGGGUAAAGUCCAUGCCAUCUCAUGAAUAAUAUCGAGAACACCCAUGACAUAGAUUUGCUGAAAUUCAGUGGAAAUUCAUUUCCUCUAGAAAUUUAAAAUAGCAAAUGUUGACAAUCUCUGCCCUUGUGUGCAAGAUAUAUAUACCUGUUAACAUUUCAAAAAAUAUGUUGUAGUUUUUCAUGAUCCUUUAAUGGGUUGCUCCAUAGCAACAUUGGCUGAACCAGUAGCGUGAGUUUGAGAGUUAGCCACUAGAGUUUGAACUAAAUUACUUGGCAAAAUAAUUAUUGCAAUACUUUUUAAUAAAGAAUUUAACUGUUUGUUGAACAUUGGUGUCUUUAGCACGACCGCUUCACAUCAUGCCUAAGAAUACCACUUACCUGUGGUAAAUUCACUGUGAUGUAUUGCCAUUACCAAUCUGUUUGGUGCCACUAGUGGUGCCAAAAUAACACACUACACCUUUAAUCGGUGUGUCAAUGCAUGAGAUGUUGUUGUAACUGAACCGAUUUUGUAUCUGUCCAAAUCCAAUCAGCUGUCCAGUUGUCAAUAACAUUGCAGUUUUACUACAUUACAAUCAUUUCAUGGAGUUACAGAUCUGCCUCCCUGAGUAGAGCUGAUAAUGACUGAAUGCUAUUCAAAUUUGAGUCCGUUUCACUGUGUGUGAACUAAGACAAAAGUGUCUCCCUCACGCACACAUACGCCUUAAAGUCGCAUACCGUCCCCUCCAGAGGCCUUUCUGUGGCAGAGCUUGUGUGUCUUGUAUGGGUGUUGCUUAAAGCAGUUUGUGUCCUCUCUGGUUGUACCAUGUCUGUUCCCUCUUUCGUUUGAUCGUUUGUAUGGUGCUUCUGCAGUCAAGAUGAGUCUCUCUGUUUCUAAAGCAGACAAUGUUUGAAUGCGAACUACACUUUUUGUGUGUACAGUGUAACAAUGCAAGAAUAGUUCCUGUAAAUAUAUUUUCCAAGUUGUAAAAUAUUUAAAUAAAAAAAUAUAU